GCGGCAGCGGCGGCGGGGGGCGAGCGAGGCCCUGAGCGGAGGCGGAGCGGGGCCCGGGCCAGGGCCCUCGCCCGUUUGGAGCGGCGCGGAGCGGCGUGGAGCUCGGAAGGGCGGGGCCCCCGACAGCGCCGUCGAGCCUCCCCCGGCCAAGCCCCAGACCCCGCGUCCCACACGCCGCUCCACGGCCAAUGAACUCCAUGAACCCCAUCAAACCCGGCCUCCCCACCACGCCGCACGGUGAUGGUUCAUUUGCGUAUGAGUCUGUUCCUUGGCAACAGAGCACCAAUCAGCCGGCAGGAUCCCUCUCCGUGGUAACCACCGUGUGGGGAGUUAGCAACACGUCCCAGAGUCAGGCUCUGGGGAACCCCAUGGGCCCUGGAGGGGACCCCUCUAGCAGCCCCACCGUGAACUCGCCCCAGUUCUUGGGCCAGCAGGCUUUCCCCGAGAGCGGGGCCGGAAAGAGCUACAUGCAACAGGGGAUGUAUGGCCGGGGCGGCUACGCCGGGGGUCCCGGAUUCACCGCCAGCUACACAGGCACCCCCAGUGGCCCCGGGGGCCUGGGUCUGCCCUCCCAUGCCGCCCGGCCCCCUGCAGACUUCACCCAGGCGGCGGCUGCCGCCGCCGUGGCUGCCGCCGCCGCCACGGCCACGGCCACCGCCACCGCCACCGUGGCUGCGUUGCAGGAGAAGCAGAGCCAGGAGCUGAGCCAGUACGGAGCGAUGGGGGCCGGGCAACCCUUUAACAGCCAAUUCCUUCAGCACGGCGGGCCCCGGGGCCCCAGCGUCCCAACUGGUAUGGGAGGGGCCCUGGGGCCCGCCGGCAUCUCCCCCAUGACCAUGACCGCAUCCCGGGCACCGGGAAUGACCGCCCUGUACGCCGGGCAGCGGCCACCCCCUCACGGCUAUCCGGGACCCCCACAGACUCAGCAGAUGCCCCGGCAAGGGGUCAAGAGGGCCUACUCCAAUGAGGGUUACUCAGCGCAGCAGUACAUGCAGGGAAGCCAGUACGCCUCCAGCGCCGCCCAGUAUGCCUCCAGCGCCGCCCAGUACGCCUCCAGCACCGCCCAGUCUUCGGCACCUUCCCCCUCGUACGCUGCCCACAGGAUGCCCGUGCAGCAGGGCAUGGGCCAGUACCUGUCCCCCCCCGGCUCAGCCGGACCGUACUAUAAGCCCAUGGACCAGUUCAACGGGCAAAACGCCAGCUUCAACGGCGGCAACUUCGGCAGCUACAGCCAGCCCAGCAUCAAUGGGCCCGCCCGCUCCCUGCCUGGCUACCCCAGCUCCCCGCUGCCCGGGAACCCCACGCCGCCCAUGACGCCCGGCACCGGCAUCCCCUACAUGUCCCCGGGACAGGACGUCAAAUCUCCCUUCCUGCCGGACAUCAAGCCCGCCGCCAGCUCCCUCCACCCCUCACCCUCGGGGAACCCGUGCGAUGAGCUGCGGUUGACCUUCCCGGUACGCGACGGGGUGGUCCUGGAGCCCUUCCGCUUGCAGCACAACCUGGCCGUCAGCAACCACGUCUUCCAGCUCCGAGACUCCGUCUACAAAACCCUGAUGCUCAGGCCCGACCUGGAGCUCCAGUUUAAGUGCUACCACCACGAGGAUCGGCAGCUCAACACCAACUGGCCGGCCUCGGUGCAGGUGAGCGUGAACGCCACCCCCCUGACCAUCGAGCGCGGCGACAACAAGACCUCCCACAAGCCCCUGUACCUGAAGCAGGUGUGCCAGCCGGGCAGAAACACCGUCCAGAUCACCGUCACCGCCUGCUGCUGUUCCCACCUGUUCGUGCUGCAGCUGGUCCACCGGCCCUCCGUUCGCUCGGUGCUGCAGGGCCUCAUCAAGAAGCGGCUCCUGCCCGCAGAACAUUGCAUCACCAAAAUCAAACGAAACUUCAGCAGCGGCACCAUCCCGGGGACCCCCGGGCCCAACGGGGAGGACGGCGUGGAGCAGACGGCCAUCAAAGUGUCCUUGAAGUGUCCCAUCACCUUCCGCAGGAUCCAGCUCCCGGCCCGUGGCCACGACUGCCGCCACAUACAGUGCUUCGACCUGGAGUCCUACUUGCAGCUCAACUGUGAGCGUGGAACGUGGAGAUGUCCGGUCUGCAAUAAGACGGCGCUGCUGGAAGGCCUCGAGGUGGAUCAGUACAUGCUGGGGAUCCUCAUCUACAUCCAAAACUCGGACUACGAGGAGAUCACCAUCGACCCUACCUGCAGCUGGAAGCCGGUGCCCGUCAAACCCGACCUGCACAUCAAGGAGGAGCCCGACGGGCCCGUCCUGAAGCGCUGCCGCACCGUCAGCCCCGCCCACAUGGUCAUCCCCAGCGUCAUGGAGCUCAUCGCCGCCCUGGGCCCCGGGCCCUCCCCCUUCCCCCCCCUGCAGCCCCCGCCCGGCCCCGCCCCUGCCGGGGACUACCCCAGUCAGGGUUCCAGCUUCCCCGGAAACUUCCCCGACUCCUUCCCCCCCACGACUCCCGGCACCCCCACCCUUCCAGACUUCGCCUCGGGACCGCCGCCCAUCUCCUAUCAGCCAGACAUUCCCAGCAGCCUCCUGACUCCCGAGAAGGCUCCAGCCCCCUCCAUCCCCGGACAGAUGGCUCCCCCCAGCCACCUGGACCCGACUCCCACCCCCGGGCCGCAGGGGCUGCACCACCCCAGCCUCGGAGCCCCCCCCGGGCCCCAAGCACGGCAUCGGAGCGUGGCCCCCCAGGCCCGGCAGCCGCUGGGCCAGGGAGGCGGCGCGGCGCCGACCGGCGAGCUGAGCUUCAACUCUGCGCCGGGCCUAGUGGGCCAGGCGGCGAUGCCGGGAGCCGCAGAGGGGCCAGAGCCGGCGCUGGAUCUCCUCCCGGAACUGACCAGCCCGGAUGAGCUCCUGUCCUAUCUGGGCCCGCCUGACCUCCCCAGCAACAGCAACGACGACCUGCUCUCCCUCUUUGAGAACAACUGACCUUCCGGCCCCACCCGUGCACGGGCCCCCGAAGGCCGCCUCCUCGGACUGCCAUGCCCACCCCCGGCCUCCGCAGCCCUGGGCUCUGCCCGGCCCGUUCCCCCACCCUCUGCCGGAUCUCGGGUUCUGCUGGAUCGGGGCUCCUCUCUCUCCGCUGCGCGUGCCCUGCCCAUCCCUCCCGACCCGACCGCCCCCCGGCCCUCGGCUCCUGUCCGCCCUCGGCGGCUCUGGACACUGUCGCUGCUGGGGCCGCCCUCUCAGCCGGCCCCCUCUGCUCCCCGCUGUCCUAGCCUGGGCCCGCCCGUCUCCGCGCGCCCCGCCGCCCCCGCCUCCGUGCUGUCUCCACAGCCUCUCCCCUGUCCCUGCCCCUUGGCCCACACCAUGUUCACCGCUUUUGUUCCUCUGCUUGGGUCCAGCUGCUUGUCUCCUUGAGGGUGGAGGAAGGGGAGGGGGGGCCUGGCUCCCAGAGGGGCUCUACUCCCCCCUCCCACCAGCCCCCAGAGGACUCCCCUCUCCCCAGUUUGGGGAGGACGGUGGGGGGGGGGGGGAGAGGGGGUGCCCUGAGCUGCCCCGGGGCCAGCCCUUCUUCUCCCAUGACCCGCCUUGCUCCUCAUUCCCCGAGACCCGAGGGCGUCCCCUCAGGGCUUGGGCAGGGGAGGGGAAGGGGUUAACUAUAAGCACAAUGAUGUACAUAGUGUAGAAACACUAAAGGUGGGGAAAAAGGAAGAAAAAAGCUAUCAAAAAUAAAGACCCUCACCGGCC